UCAAAUGUCAAAUAUGGGUUUGACAGAAUCCAAAUCUCAAACAUUUACGAAAUAUUAAGAUUACAAUAAAAAAUUCAAUAUGACUCAAAUUAAGCAAAUAGGUAACUACAAUUAACCUACUUAACGGUUAUAGAAUCACGAAUUGAAUGAUCUGUACGCGGUGGAAGGUGGAAAUAGUAAAUGUAUCAUAGCAAGAGAUGCCUGUUUACUGCCGCUAAAAAGAGAAAGUAUAAUUCAUAAUUAUAUUGUUGAUAAUAUCUAUUAAAAAUAAAAAAAAAUUUUAAUAAAAUAUGAAAGUUUACAAAUUAGAGAGUAGAUUUUAAAUACACUUACAAAGAAACAUCACUUAAAACAUUUCUUAAACUUAAGCUUUACGCACACAUAGGAACACAACAUGUUUGAUUAUAAUUUUAUUAAAAUCGGUUAUUCGUUAAUAAUUGCACCGAUAAUAAUUUUUGGUUUAUUGUUAAAUUUAUUUGAAAAGUAUUUACCGACUGCGGUAAUACAAACAAUACGUUAUGGAAAAUUUGCAUAUAAAGGUGAAAAAGAUCAAUUUAUAACAAAAUUAGAAGUGCCCAAGGAAUAUUUUAAACAUUUUUAUGUUUUUUCAACGGCAUAUUCAUCGUUAGUGUUAAUUGUUAUGAUUAAUAUAUAUGUUUUUGGAGCAUCUGUGCCAUUAGGAUUUGUACAAUUAUUGGAUUUUACAGUGGGUGUUUCAAGACAAUCUACAGUAAGUGCAUUUUCAUCGCUGUUAGCUUUGUUUCUAUUGACUGUUCAGUGUUAUAGAAGAUUAUACGAAACAUAUACUAUCCAAGUAUUUGCAUCUCAUAGUAAAAUUAAUGUGUUCCAUUACGUGGUUGGAUUUGCUCAUUAUGCUGGAGCCAUUGGAGCAAUUAUUGGAGAGGCUCCUGAAUUUGCACAGACCAAUCAUAAAUCAUAUCUUGAUCUUAAUGACAUAAGAUUAUUAGAUGUAAUUGGUUUAAUUGUAUUUUUAUGGGGAUGGACCCAUCAAUACAUAUCGAACAUAAUUUUGGCUAACUUACGAAAAGAUCAUCGAGGCGCUGUUAUUACUCAUGAGCACAAAAUUCCAAGUGGAGAUCUAUUUGAAUUAGUUUCGAAUCCACAUUUACUGACUGAAAUUGUUAUGUACGCUGGUUUAACGUUAAUCUUGCUGGGUAACACAACUUGGUAUUACGUAAUGGCUUGGAUUAUCGCUAAUCAGGUGGAAGUAGCAUUAUUAAAUCAUUGGUGGUAUAAACAAACAUUCAAGGAUUAUCCGAAAGAACGUAAAGCCAUCAUUCCAUACAUUUAUUAAAGACUAGAUUCCAUAUUUUUAUUCCAUAUAGUUCUAGAUUUUUUAAAACCAUUUUUUACUG